AUGGGAAACUGUGUUGGGGGAUUCAAAUCGCGAGCUAAGAAAACUCGAUUACCCUUUAGGAAGACAAGGAAAAUAUAUUUAUGUAUAGUUGGUAUUGAUGGUGCUGGAAAAUCGACAUUUGUUAAAGCGAUUGCAUCCGAGGAUAUAACACAAGUAUUACCAACCAACGGAUUUAUACUCUCAGAAUUCAAAUACAAAAAUACCGAUAUUGUUGCAUACGAUCUUGGUGGAGGUGAACGCAUACGCGCAAUUUGGAAGAACUAUUAUCCGGAGGUAUUCGGUGUGAUAUAUGUGAUCGAUGGCAGUGAUAGAAGCCGAUUGAAUGAAAGUAGUGAAACGUUAAAAGAAGUGAUUAGUAACGAGAGUCUACGAGGUAAACCGAUAUUGGUGCUGGUGAACAAGAAAGAUCAAGAUGGAUGCAUCGAUGAGAUCCAAAUCAGCGAUCUAUUUUGCCUUCAUGACCUUGCGAAUACCUACAAAGCACGCAUCCGAGUGGAGGUUUGUGCAGCAAAUCAAGGUACUGGAAAUACAAUUGAUGGUGCCAUCAGGGAUGGAUUUGACUGGCUUUUAGAGAGAAUUUCUGAUGAGUUUGAGAGUAUCGAAAAAGGUGUGAAUGAAGCAUUGAAAGCUCUGAAAAGAAAACAAGAAGAGGAACGUAUCCGAAGACAACAUCGACUUGCGGCUACUGCAACCAGGUCGGUGAUUUCACUUAGUUGGUCCCGUAAUCAAGUGGCACCACUACCACAAACAGCCAGCGAUGAUGACACUGAUAACAACUCAUCAGCGUUGAGACACUCCCGACUACCACCUCAUUUACCUCCUCUACAAACCAUUCCGAAUACAUCGAACAAUCAUCUCGAAAGUUCCUCGUCUCGAGCUUCAUCUGCAGGUCAGCAGUAG